GUGCAAGGAGAGCUGGACGCCCUCCUGGAGCAGCAGAGCACGAUCGAGAACAAGAUGGUUGCGCUUCACCGCAUGGGCCCUAAUUUGCAGCUCAUAGAGGGGGAUGCCCAGCAGCUGGCAGGGAUGAUCACCUUCACCUGUAACCUGGCUGAGAACGUGAGCAGCAAAGUCCGUCAGCUUGACCUGGCCAAGAAUCGACUCUAUCAGGCCAUUCAGAGAGCUGAUGACAUCCUGGACCUGAAGUUCUGCAUGGAUGGAGUUCAAACAGCCCUGCGAAACGAAGAUUACGAGCAAGCAGCAGCUCACAUCCAUCGCUACCUGUCUCUGGAUAAGUCAGUCAUUGAGCUCAGUCGACAGGGCAAGGAAGGAGGUAUCAUUGAUGCCAACCUGAAGCUCCUGCAGGAAGCAGAGCAGCGCCUGAAGGCAAUUGUCACGGAGAAAUUUGACAUGGCCAUGAAGCAGGGAGACCUGCCCCAGGUGGAACGGUUCUUCAAGAUAUUUCCUCUGCUUGGCUUACAUGAAGAGGGGCUAAGCAAGUUCUCAGAGUACCUCUGCAAGCAGGUGGCCAACAAAGCAGAGGAGAACCUGCUGCUGGUAAUGGGGACAGACAUGAGUGACCGUCGAGCUGCUGUCAUCUUUGCAGACACCCUGACGCUCCUCUUUGAAGGGAUUGCUCGCAUUGUGGAGACCCACCAGCCCAUCGUGGAGACUUACUAUGGCCCAGGGAGGCUCUACACCCUCAUCAAGCACCUGCAAGUAGAGUGUGACCGGCAGGUGGAAAAGGUGGUGGACAACUUCAUCAAGGAGAGGGACUAUCACAGGCAGUUCCAGCAGGUUCAGAACAGCAUGAUGAGAAGCUCUUCCACAGAGAAGAUUGAGCCAAGGGAACUCGACCCUCUUCUGACGGAGGUGACCUUGAUGAACGCCCGCAGUGAGCUCUACCUGAGGUUUAUCAAGAGACGGAUAAUAUCUGAUUUCGAGGUGGGAGACUCUAUGGCGUCGGAGGAGGUAAAACAAGAGCAUCAAAAAUACCUGGACAAGCUCCUCAACAACUGCCUGCUGAGCCGCACCAUGCAAGAGCUCAUCGGCUACUACAUCACCAUGGAGGAAUACUUCAUGAGGGAGACUGUCAACAAGGCUGUGGCCAUGGACAGCUACGAGAAGGGCCAGCUCACCUCCAGCAUGGUGGAUGACGUGUUCUAUAUCGUGAAGAAGUGCAUCGGACGCGCUCUGUCCAGCUCCAGCAUAGACUGCCUCUGCGCCAUGAUCAACCACUCCACCACCGAGCUGGAGUCUGACUUCAGGGAGGUCCUGUACAACAAGCUGAAGCAGGGCUUUCCAGCCACCACCUUCCAGGACUUCCAGAGAGGGGUGACCAGCGCCGUGAGCAUCAUGCACAGCAGCCUGCAGCAGGGCAAGUUUGACACCAAAGGCAUCGAGAGCACCGACGAGGCCAAGCAGUCCUUUCUGGUGACCUUAAACAAUGUUGAAGUCUGCAGUGAAAACAUCAUGACCCUAAAGAAGACUUUGGAGAGCGACUGCACCAAACUGCUCAGCCAAGGUUUUGGGGGUGAACAGGCGCAGGCCAAGAUUGACAGCUGCCUCUCUGACAUGGCCGCAGUGUCCAACAAAUUCCGUGACCUGCUGCAGGAAGGUCUCAACGAGCUGAACAGCACAGCCAUCAAACCCCAGGUGAAGCCUUGGAUCAACCUCUUCCUCUCCGUCUCUCAUAACAUCGAGGAGGAAGAGUUCAGUGACUACGAAGCUAAUGAUCCUUGGGUCCAGCAGUUCAUCAUCAAUCUGGAACAGCAGAUGACGGAGUUCAAGGCUGGGCUGUCUCCAGUGAUCUAUGAUACCCUCACAGGUCUCAUGACCAGCCUUAUAGCCAUCGAACUGGAGAAAGUGCUCCUCAAAUCCACCUUCAGCAGGCUUGGUGGUCUGCAGUUCGACAAGGAGCUGAGAUCGCUCAUAGCUUAUCUCACCACAGUCACCACCUGGACUAUCCGUGACAAGUUUGCCCGUCUUUCCCAGAUGGCCACGAUCCUCAACCUGGAAAGGGUGACGGAGAUCUUGGAUUACUGGGGCCCGAACUCGGGCCCGCUCACGUGGCGCCUCACCCCCGCCGAGGUCCGGCAAGUGCUGGCGCUCCGAAUGGACUUCCGAAGUGAGGACAUCAAGCGGCUGCGCCUGUAGCUGGCCUGUGCUUUCCUCAGCCUGCGAGCACC